GCACUGGGCUCCCUCUGCUCGCCGUGGGCCGCUCCCCGCGUGGGGCCACUGCCCUUGGCCCCCGCCAUGGUGCGGAUUUCAAAGCCCAAGACGUUUCAGGCCUACUUGGAUGAUUGUCACCGGAGGUAUAGCUGUGCCCACUGCCGUGCCCACUUGGCCAACCACGACGACCUCAUCUCCAAGUCCUUCCAGGGCAGUCAGGGGCGUGCCUACCUCUUCAACUCUGUGGUGAAUGUGGGCUGCGGGCCAGCAGAGGAGCGGGUGCUGCUGACAGGUCUUCAUGCUGUCGCUGACAUCCACUGCGAGAACUGCAAGACCACUUUGGGCUGGAAAUAUGAGCAAGCCUUUGAGAGCAGCCAGAAAUACAAAGAGGGGAAGUACAUCAUUGAACUCAACCACAUGAUCAAAGACAACGGCUGGGACUGACCUCAUCCUGGCCUGGCCGCCAGGGGGAGCCACUGGUUUCGCUCCUCCUGAAGGGAGCUCUGGACCCUCAGGGUCCCCACAGGGGAAGGAUCCAGCUCCUGUACAUAUAUUUUAUUGCAUGCACUGUGACCUUGGGGGGAGGUUAGGAGGGGAAUUGCACCCCCAACACCUUCCUGCGAUCUGGCUGGCUUGGAUCUCAUUUUUUAACCCCUUCCUGUCCUGCCUGUCCCAUAGAUAUGGCCUGUGUGCUGCUCUCAUGGCCCCGGUGCACUAUCUUUCUGUGAACUCCUCCCACUGGAUCCCUCCUACCUGCAGCGUGUCUGUUCUCGUUCUGUAGCGUUUGUAAAUAAUAAAACAAUGGAAUGGA